GCGCGAAAUCUCAAAGCCUGCAUUAGUUUGUGGAAGAGGCGGGAGGACGAGCUAUAACCCGAUAAACAUCGUGUGAAUGCGCUUUGGGAGAUUAAAAUCACAUUAACCACACGGACGUUUAAUUCCUAACAUCUGUAGUGGAUGUAAGAAGAUAGGAAAACGCCGGUAAAGUGUGUGUUUUUCGCUAAAACCGGAGCGAAUCGGGCAGACAAAGAUGAGCCUGGAGGUUUCUCAACAACAGGUGGAGGUUGUUCCUGCAGCGGCACAGACUGUAGCUGAGAGCGACUCUGACAGUGGGAUGGGGUCUCCGGCCGAAGAGAUGGUCCCAGAGAUGACACAGAAAACACAGGAGCAGCCAGCAGAUUCUGAAGAGGACGAGGACAUUGGCGCUCACAGAAAACCGCGUCGUCAGGCCUUAAGAGACAGCGACAGUGAAGAGGAGACUCCAGACUCCAGUGUUCAAAUGGCCGAAGCUCUGAUGCUCUCUGCCUCGAGUGACGAGGACAACAUGGAGACCGGAGGGAGGGAUGAAAUGAAAGAGAAAAGUGUGAAGAAAAGGCACAGAAUCAACCGCGCUCCUGUGGACAGCGAAGACGAGGAGGAGACUGAGGGGGGUAGCAUUGAGGCCAAACCCAAGAAGGACAAAAAUAAACGAGACAAAAGUCAGAGGCACAAAGAGAAGAAGGAGAAGAGAAGUAAAGCUGUGGAGAAAGUGAAGAAGAAGAGAAGGGAGAGAGGGACAGAGGAGGAUGAGGAGGCGCUAUCUCAGCCCCGUCUGAAUGACAGUGGGUUUCCUCUGGGAGACACGGAACUGUUUGACACCGGGCUCAAUGAAGACGAGGAGGAGGAGUCUCUAGAUGCCAUCAGAGCUGCUGCCAAGAGCAAGCUCAAAAAACACAAGGAAUCCUGUUUUCUUGAUGAAGUGGAGGGAGAGAAAGAGGAGGGGUCAACGGAGAAGCCCCACAGAGUGGAGCGAAAGGCAGCGCGUGCGAGUAAAGACGCCAUGAGGCAGCUCCACAGUGAGUCCCAGAGGCUCGUCAGAGAGUCCACCCUGGGUUUGCCGUACCACAUCCCUGAACCUAAAACCAUAGACCAGUUUUUUAAGAAGAGAGCCCGACCUGAGGGACCAGCUAUGGCUCUGCUAAAAUCUACUAAAUAUUCUGCCAUGAUGUUGGACCCUCCUCCUCCCACAUCUGAACCAGUCCAAACCUCCACUGACCUUCACCCCUCAAACCCAAAUUUAGACCUGCCCCAGCCCAGCGCCACCUCCUCUCCACAAAAAGACACUCUCUCUCAGCCACAAGAACAUCCAGUGCCCCCCUUGACAGCCUCCACAGCCAGCCUGGAGGAAGACCAAGCAUCCACACCUAUGCUUUUUCUUUCGGAGAGCUUACAAGAAGAUGUUAAAACUGCAGAGGAAGAAGCGAACGAAAGUCAAAAUAAUGCGAUAUCGUUGGUUGGGGAGAGGGAGGUUUUGAUGGAGGCUUGUGUGGAGGAGGGGAAGAAGGAUGAGACGGUGGAAGUGAAGCCCAAAAAGGAUAAGCUGACGCGGUUGAGAGAGCUGGGCCUGGAGCCUCCUCCUGUGGUCAAACUGUGUCCAGACGAAGGAGCGUUUGUGCAUCUGGAUCCACCUCAACCAAACUCUGGUGUGGAGCUGUUGAAGGCGCGUUACCUGCGUCAUGUCAAAGCUCCGGUGCACUUCACUUUGCAAGUCAUGUGA